UAUCUGACAAAUUCCCCCCUUUUUCUUCUGCAGAAUUUUAGAUUUCUGUUCUGCUGUGGCGUUAACCUCAACGUAAACUACACCAUACCAACAAACCCCUUUACACGCAUAUUGCAAGAGUAAUAUAAUUCCUCACUUUUCUUGAAUUUCUCAAUUCCCCUUAUUUUCCCAGCUUCAGGGCCUCUCUUCCUCUUUUGCAGAAGAGGUCCACAGAGGACCCUGGGAAAGAAGUUAGAGGGAGGAGGCCAAUGGAUUUUGAAAGCAAUAGCUGGAUCGGGGAAAGGCUGUGUUACUACACCAGGCUUUUUGGUGGAGUCAUGCUAACUGCAGCCUUGCUCGGGGUGUCUACUAGCUAUUUUACAGGGAUCAGUGUUCCUACUCUACCCCACCUUUUACCCAACCUGAAUAUCCUCCGUAAAAAGAAGCGUGGGAAGAAACGUAUUCGUGUUUAUAUGGAUGGGUGUUUUGACCUAAUGCAUUAUGGUCAUGCAAAUGCGAUAAGACAAGCUAAAGCGUUGGGAGACGAGUUAGUAGUUGGAGUUGUUAGUGAUGAAGAAAUUGUAGCUAAUAAGGGUCCACCUGUUUUAUGCAUGGAAGAAAGACUUGCCCUUGUUAGUGGGCUGAAGUGGGUGGAUGAAGUAAUUGCCAAUGCUCCUUAUGCAAUUACUGAGGAUUUUAUGAACCGUUUGUUUAAUGAGCAUAAGAUUGAUUACAUUAUACACGGCGAUGAUCCCUGUCUACUUCCAGAUGGAACUGAUGCUUAUGCCCUAGCAAAACAAGCUGGUCGGUACAAGCAGAUUAAACGCACUGAAGGUGUCUCCAGCACAGACAUUGUAGGAAGGAUUCUUUCAUCUGCUAAAAGUAUUUCUCAAGAUAGCACUAAAGCAUCUCUCCCUGGAGAUGAUAAUAUGAAUGGUGUAUAUGCCGAGGAAAAAAUGGCGAACAUUGAUCAGAUAUCUCAUUUUCUGCCCACAUCUAGACGAAUUGUGCAAUUUUCAAAUGGAAAGGGGCCUGGGCCAAAUGCUAGAGUUGUGUAUAUUGAUGGUGCAUUCGAUCUUUUUCAUGCUGGCCAUGUUGAGAUUCUUAGAAGUGCCAGACAGCUUGGAGAUUUUCUUUUAGUUGGAGUUUAUACUGACCAGACCGUAAGUGAACUUCGUGGACAUCAGUAUCCACUGAUGAAUCUGCACGAGCGAAGUCUUAGUGUACUUGCCUGCCGCUAUGUUGAUGAGGUCAUUAUUGGUUCCCCUUGGGAAGUGACCCAGGAUAUGGUAACAACUUUCAACAUUUCUGUGGUUGUACAUGGAACAGUUUCUGAUAGGAACACUUCUACAGGAGAGAGACAUGAUCCCUAUGCAGUACCUAAAAACAUGGGAAUCUUCCGAGUAAUUGAUAGUCCUAAAGAUAUUACAACCACUUCGGUUGCUCAAAGGAUCAUUGCCAACCACGAGAUAUAUGUGAAAAGAAAUACCAAAAAAGAAGCAAACGAGAAAAAAUAUUAUGCAGAGAAACAGUAUGUUUCAGGCGAUUAAGUUUUAUGUUACAGUCUCCGGUGUGACCUCUUGUAGCUGACUUGUAAUUUAUGCAAAGCUGCUCGUUUUCAAGAUAGUUCAUCCCGUGUUUGUAUUUGUAAGAUAUAUAACGUUCAAGGAGGUGCCAGGAUAUAACAAGAAAAUUCAUAGUCAGAAGAUCUAGAUUUUUUUUAAAAAAAUUGUCUUUUUGGGUUGUAAUCAUCUUCGAGUGAUUCCAAGAUCUGGAGCUAAUUUGCUAACCUCAAACUCAUAUUGAUUCUUGUAAGUUAAGAAACUAUUGUUCUAUUCUUAUUCUAUAGUAAAUCUGCUUUCCAAUUUC